AUGAUUGAAUUCGAUGAAGAUAUUGAUAUUGACGAAUGUGUUGAUGGAGAAUAUAUCGAUUUGCAACCAGAAGAUUGGAAAAGGAAAAGUGUGAUUUAUGAAAACUCUCCGAUUCUACUCAAUCGAUACGAAGGAUCGAUCGAAAAAUCAUGGGGAACAGUUAUCAGAACUGGGUAUCAUAUUUUACGACAAGAUGGAAUAAUUGCCUCAAUUGGAAUAGAGACCGGUAGAUUCGGAUGGUUUCAUAUUCAAUCAGACAAUGAUGGACCCGAAAUUCAGAUGUUAUCACAUUAUAGAUCUUUCGGACUUGAAUGA